AAGCGAGGUCUUUACCUAACCUGCAGGGUGUUAGGCAUCCAUUCCUGUCAAAAUUUGCAUCAGUGGAAAUAUCGCUUGCUUAUCUGUAGUAAUGACACCGUGGAUGUACGUCGUUGAUGCAACUUUCUGCAUGUGCUUUUUUUUCUUUAUCUAGCGGAAGGUGCACUCUACAAUUAUGGAGUUUUGAAAAGAGACGUGAGAAUUUUGGGGGGAAAGGGGGCCUUUCCCCUCAAGUUUGAUGGUUGGACUGCUGGAUAAGAAGGUCAGAUGGUUGUUGAAGUUUAUGCCUUUUGUAAAUUAUUAAAGAGUAUAUAAAGGAGAAACUAUUUUUGCAAACGUUAUAUGUACAAAUUUGUAUAAAACGCACAGGAAGUUUUGUAUUUAUCGAAUUCUUAAUGCCAUCGUUUGCCACAGGCACCUUAGAUUGUGUUCAAUUCUUGGUUGAAAUGGUGGACUGAACCAAGUCACAGAGGCUCUGGAGUUGCUAGGGUGCGGUGGAACCUCAACACAAGCACAAUUCUAGCACUCUAAGCUAUUUCAGCCUUUUGUUGACACAUAUAUUUUUUUUUUAUCUUCUUGGCCAGCAGCUCUGUUAUGAAACAGUUUUAGUGUUUCAGGUUUGUUACCUCACAUAGUAUUGUUUUUGAGUUUGGUUGCAAUUGUUGGUGGUGGGCUGUCAGAAGAACUUUGCAAUACAAAAGGGAGGAAGGGUCACUGCGAAGAUUUGAGAUCAGGAUGAGUCUGGCACCACCGUACUGCACCCCCAAAUGCCGCUCACAGGAGCAUGCAGAGGAGGUGGUAGCAGCUCUAACAACUGGAUCUGAGGAUCAGCUGCGGACAUUCUUGACUUCGCACUGCCACAAUGCAGCCACUUUGCGGGAUGUGUUUGGUCGCACUGCACUGCACCUGGCAGCUUCACUGGGAAAGAAGGCCAUAAUGGAGUGGCUGCUGGAGAAUAAGAAUGCUGACUUGAUGGUGAAGGAUAAAGAAUCUGGCUGGACCGCCCUGCAUCGCAGCGCUUUCUACGGACAGAUCCACUGUCUCAUAUCGCUGGUCAAGCAUGCCGGACUCCUCUCCACCCAGGACAAGGAGGGUCUCUCUGUCUUAGACCUUACAAUGAAAGACCGACCAUCACAUGUUGUGUUCAAAAACACUGACCCAACCGAAGUGUACACAUGGGGAAACAACACAAAUUUCAGUCUUGGGCAUGGUAAUCAGGAGAGCCGACAGCACCCAGAGCUUGUGGAUGUGUUUGCCAGGACUGGAGUUUAUAUCAAGCAGGUGGUCCUGUGUAAGUUCCACUCUGUGUUCUUGUCUCAGAAAGGCCAGGUCUUCACCUGUGGGCAUGGACAGGGAGGACGACUUGGACAUGGAGAUGAACAAACAUAUCUGAUUCCCCGGAUGGUAGAGGGUCUCAUGUCCCACCACUGCUCCCAGGUGGCAGCAGCUAAAGACCACACGGUGGUGCUGACAGAAGAAGGCUACGUUUACACUUUUGGCCUCAACACCUUUCAUCAGCUUGGCUUGGCUCCUCCUCCCGCCUCAGCAUACGUCCCUAAACAGGUGUUUUCCAAGAUGCUGAAAGGUAGGACAGUGAUAGGAGUUGCUGCUGGAAGGUUCCACACAGUGCUGUGGACCAGGGAGGCUGUCUACACAAUGGGACUCAAUGGAGGCCAGCUGGGUUACUUGCUGGAUCCUAAUGGAGAGAAGUGUGUGACAGCCCCCCGACAGGUGUCAGCCUUGCACCACAAGGACGUCAACAUAGCCAUGGCAGCAGCUAGUGAUGGAGCAACGGUAGUUGUGACUGAGAAGGGCGACGUCUACCUGUUGGCUGACUACCAGUGCAAGAAAAUGGCUUCCAGGCAGCUGAACAUCAAGAAAGUUCUGGUCAGCGGUGGUAGUCUGGACCAUCGUGUGGUUCCACAGAUCCUCAAUGAGGGCGGGGGAGAAAAGGUGACCAUCUUGGCAUUAGAUGAAGCUGGGAGGGUGUUUUGCUGGCGUUCCUGCGGCAGCUCCGUGAGACAGUGCCGGUGGGCGUACGGGCGUCAGGUUUUCAUGUCGGACAUAGCUCUCAGCAAGAACGGCAUGAUGUUUGUGACUCAGGAGGGGGAGGGCUUCAGUGGUGUGUGGGCCGGAGAAUAUAGGAAGUACAGUGAGAAGAAAGAGGUCAGUGUGGAGGUUUGUGGCCAUACAGAUGCUGGCACAAUGUAUGAGCGAAUCCGUCUGGAGAAACUCCCGUAUGUGCACAGAGCUGUGAGCAUCACCAUGGACUCUAAAGGCCGAAACUUUGGAGUGCUUCAGUCCGACCCCAAAACAAGCUUGUAUGAGAUUCCCAUCAUUUCUCCAUCCUCUUCGUCCCAACACUUCCGGAGACUUCUGGAUGAAGCGGACGAAAUGGACAGUAUCCACGAUGUGACUCUUCAGGCCGGUGAUCGUACCUUCCCGGCCCACAAGUACAUCCUGUCCAUGAGGUCAGAGUUUUUCCGGAAACUGUUCAUAUCUGAGCGUUGUGGGGUUGCUGAGGAGCUUGAUGGAGAAGUGAGGAAGAGCGAAGAUGCCGUGGGCUGCGAUUUAAUCAUUUUGGAGAAGAUCCCAGCAGACAUGCUUGAAUACGCCCUACACUUCAUCUACACAGACUCCUGUGAGCUGCUGGUGCAUGGAGCCCAGCCGAGAGUCUCAGGAGUCAUGACAGGACAAAAUCAGGACUCGGAUCAGGAGAGGCUUAUCACUAGCUUGCAGGACUUGGGUCUGAGAGGUCGUUCAGCCCUGGAGGUCUACCGCUCACUCCCCCCUGCAACCAAAGAAGAUGGUGACAAGACCAAGAGCAAGUGCGCCAAACCUGGCAAGAAGGGGAAAGGAGGCAAAGGUGACAAGGCCAGUGCCAACGAGGGAGGAGCCAACCCCGUAAAAACCUUACAGGGUGUUGCAAAAAAGCUGGGCCUGGGAAACCUGUCUGCACGCCUGGACGGGGUCAAAUAUGAAAGUGGAAAGAUCAAUGUUAUACACAAGAAAACUGGAAACAGACCAAAAUUCUACCAGAAAAAAUGCUCCUAUCUUUGUGAUGUUACUCUGAAAUCUGAAGAUGGGAAAGAGUUUCCAUGUCACAAGUGUGUCCUCUGUGCAAGACUAGAAUAUUUCAACAGUAUGCUUGGAAAUCCCUGGAUUGAGGCCACAUCCUGCACUGCGUUGGAGAUGCCCACUAACUCAGAGAUUCUGCAGGUCAUCCUUGAGUAUAUUUACACAGAUGAGUCUCCCACCAUUAAAGAAUCUCUGAACGUGGAGUUUAUUUGCAACGUUUUGGUUGUGGCUGACCAUCUGCUAAUCACACGACUGAAGGAAAUGUGUGAGGUCGUCAUCACAGAAAACUUGACUCUGAAGAAUGCUGCAGAGCUGCUCGAGUUUGCUGCCUUAUAUAACGCAGAGCAGCUUAAACUCUCCUGUCUCCAGUUCAUUGUGCUCAACAUGGCUGCCCUGCUGGAGUCAAAAGCGCUGGAUGUUCUUAGUGAUGAAGUGAUCGUGGAGCUUUCUGCAGCCUACAGGAGGAUGAUCCCAGCCAUGAAAAGGAGAAUUAUCACUCCAGAUCCUGGUGCCCCAGACAUCAAUAUGUAUGAAAAUGAGGACUUGGACUCAGCCUUCAGCCCAAAGCCAGAAGCAGAACUGGAUCUCUCAUGCAGGGAAAUCCUGAUAAAGAAGGCCAAGACAAAGGCCAAAAAGAAACCAAGGCGACGCUCUGACAGCUCAGGGGGCUACACUCUCUCUGACAUCAUUCAAAGCCCCCCUGCUGCAGUGAUCUCCCCAUCCCUGGUGAAGUCAGGCAAGGCAAACUCUACAGAGUCUCUGCAGGAGCUGCUCACAUCUGACUCGGAGGGGAGCUACAUGGGGGUUGGCAGUCCCAGAGACAUGCAGUCACCUGUCUUCCAUGACCGAGCUGAGGAUGAGAAGGCUUUCAUUCAAAGACUGAAGACCCCACCCAACACCCCGACCCCGAGGGACAGCUUUCCUACUCCCCCUAACUCUGCUCCACAAGCCAUCCCCAAGGUCCUUCCCUGCCCUGCUCGUCCUCCUCCGGUCUUGGAUCUGCGAACCAUUAUGGACAUGGAGGCCAACUCUCAGCAGACUCUCAGAGCAGCUCCUAAAAGCCCUGGAAGCACCAGCAUUAAGCACUCCCCCGUUCCUGCGAAACUGUCCCAGAAGCAGAGGAAGAUGUUGGCCAUGGCUAACAAGGAAGCCAGUGUUGAGUCCACUGCAUCCAAACCAACCCCCACAGUCACCCCAUCCAAAAGUGGUGGGAAGGCCUGGGCAACAGCUGUCCAGUCCCCACCAUCCUCAUGCUCAUUUCGGGCGCUGCUGGAGGAGGAGGAGAGCCGCUUUAUUGGAGAGGGACAAACAGGAAUCCAGAGGGGCCGAAGUGCCCAGGGGUCCCCUGUCACUGCUACUCCUGCAACCAGGAGGGUCACCUUCAAAUGUGCUGAAAGCAACGAGCCAGACAGACCCAGUGGGCCGUGGGUGCUGGGAGCAGUGGGCAGCCCUCCCCUCUCCUCCCUGGUGACCUUUGCCUCGAUCGUGGAGGAGGAGAAGCAGCAGGAAGCUGCGCUGAUCCGCAGUCGAGAGAAGCCGCUGGCGCUCAUCCAGAUUGAAGAGCGGGCAAUCCAAGAUCUUCUCUUCCAUUAUAAGGCGCGUGACAACCCUGAUGAGCUGAUAGUGGUUGAGAGGUCUUUCAGAGGUCCUAUAGCAGCCCCAACCUGGAACAAACACUAAUGUUAAACAGCACAGCCAGCUGUACGUACCAUCAAAGUCAGAACAUCCCCUAUCACAGAGUUAUCACUCUGUUGGCAGCAUCUCUGACACAUCGUCAGAUCUAUCAGUCCAUGAUGACCUGCGCCACUGACUUGUCUUUCCCGCUGUGGUAUGGGUCUGAUGCAAAUCUAAAGUUGUCUCUGCAGUGUUACUUUAAGUUUUAUUUUAUUGCUGCUCAAGAUUUUGUUUGUAUGUGUGAAAGAGAGUGAUUGAGUAACUGAAUGUGGUCCUGAAGGAGAUGCUUUGGGCCUGGGAUUACUUAUGCACGCCAUUGUUUUUUCCCCUCUUAUAUUUUGGCAGGAUUAUUAGGAACAUUGUCUGUGCUCGGCAAACCAAUACUAAGUAACCAACUUUCCCAAAUAAAUAUUGUUACUUGUGUGAAGUUAAAGUUGCCAAAGAAAUGAAAAGAAAUGGAAAUGUUCAGGCCACGAAAUGGGUCCAAGCUACAUCACCCUGAGGGUUUGCGUGUGUUCAGUGGAAGCUCCCAAUGUGAUUAAGGUAAGAGUGCCAAUUAUUAACUGUGGCAGAGCAAAGUGACAUGAGCUGUUUGCCAAGGAAGUGUGUUUAGUUUCUUUUUGCGCUCUUUUCUUCUAAAUACAGACAUUGUUUUGACUGAUUGCUACAGAUGAUUUGCAGUGCAUGGUAACCCCUCUGAAAUCAGUAAAUGUGUGUAUUUUGGAUAUGAAUGAAAUAUGUUAUUAUUUAAAAUACAUAAUUUGAUGCAGUUAUGGUGAAGGGUAAAUGCUCACUAGGGUUGAUUGUGUGGAACUGGCUUUCCUUAAGUUAUGACCGUUGUUACAGAGGAGGUGGUGUGCCUUUUAUCAGCUGAUGACAUGGAUACAGCAACUAAAAUAUAAUUUGUUUUUUUCAUUGUUUUCUCUGUUCAAAGUUGUUUCAUUCUGCAGCUUUUUUGCAGAAGCCAAUAUUAGUUUGGUAGUUACCUCAGAUCUGGACCAUGUAGUCUUGUCUUCAGAUGCCAUUUAUUUGUAUUUGAGACAUAAAGAGAAAAGAGAAAAUGGCAUGUAAUAAAUGAUCUCAUCUGUGCAAUGA